UUCACCUUUCCGAGCAUCACUCCAAUUUUGGUUAUUUAUAACAAAUGUUAGGAAUGGAAUGGAUGACCUUACUUACAAUUAUUUUCAUUAUUAGUCACAUUUAUAAUUAACUUUAAAUUAUCUAUAUUUUAGGAUUCAUGUGAGAUUUAUGAUGUUAAAUCAUCUUUUCCUUUAAUAAGACUUUGCGAUUAUCCUUAGUAUUAGUUCAUCAAACUCAUUCAAUUUUAUGCUUUUAGUAGAACCCGGGGGAUGACCUUCAUCUUGUGUCAUGUUUUCUGCCCUUCUGGUGGAAUAUAGAAAGGGCUUGCAGCUGCAAGGAAGAAGAUUGAUGAUCAUCACCUAUUCUUUUAUUGAACAUGUCAAAUAUUUAAUGCUUUCCUCCCUGCACUUCCCUUUAAUUUCUUCUGUGGAGGUAAUUGAAUUUGUAAAACUACUGCAGUUUGCUGAUAGACGAGUCCAGGAGAAAAAAGGCAAACUCUAUAUUAAUGUUUCAAUAGAUCUUUAGCCAAAACUAUGGUACAGCAACAACCUCUUCAUUUGCUUUCCGAUCAUGUAAGUUUUACUUUGUCUAGUAAACCCUUGAAUCCGUCAUUUCAAUAGAUCUCCUGUCUCCUCUUGGUUUAAUUUUUUCUUCAUCUAUGAUUAUCUUGUCAGCUGCCUUUCUCCUUAUUGAUCUGUUGUUCUUUUAUUCAUGUUAAAGCUAAACUUCUCCCUGCCUCUGUUGUAACCUUCUGUUCCAUGGCUACAUAAACCCGCCAAUUUGCCAAGGAUGGAUGUGUUUCUUUUUAUCUUAUUUCUUCUUUGCAUGAAUAUGAUUAUCUGUUCUUGGGUUAACAGCAAUAUGUUUUCAGCCACUGUUAGAGAGAAUUCAUGUUGAAAGAGGAAGCUCCCGGCUUUGAAAAACCAAAUGAUAUCAAAAUUGAAUCACAUGCUAACUUGUAUGGCCAUAAGCCUAACAUUUUUCGCUGAUCCAGGAGGCUCCUGAUAAAUCUGGCAAGGGAUCCUUCAUUGUAAACCCUCCCUCAAUCUCAUCCUACUGGCCAGCCUGAAAUUCAGCCUUCAGCCAUGAUAAAUUGACACAUUUUAUUUUAAGAACUGAUCCGAUUUCCAAAUGUCCACAAGAUUUUGCAGAUUCUACUAAGUUCCAAUGCCAGCAGUCAAUAAUGUAUUUGUCAGUUCCAUGGAUCAAGCUUACACUGAAAUUAUCGUGGUGCGUCAUGGAGAAACGGCAUGGAAUGCAAAUGGAAGAAUUCAAGGACAUAUGGAUGUUGAACUAAAUGAAGUUGGGAGACAACAAGCAGCUUUGUUAGCUGAUCGACUAUCCCUAGAGCCUGAAAUAUCCGCCAUAUAUUCUUCUGAUUUGAAGCGAGCUCUUGAAACAGCAGAGACAAUUGCAGAAAGAUGUGGCAAGUUUGAGGUUAUUAAAGAUCCAGACUUACGGGAGCGACAUUUAGGGGAUGUUCAAGGUCUUCUAUUCCGUGAAGCAGCCAAAGUUUGUCCCGAGGCUUACAGUGCCUUUUCAUCUCGCAGGACUGAUCAAGUUAUACCAGGAGGUGGUGAAAGCUUAGACCAACUCUAUUACCGUGCUACAUCUUCAUUGCAAAGAAUUGGACAGAAGCAUACAGGAGAGCGAGUGGUUGUAGUCACUCAUGGAGGUGUUAUAAGAGCACUCUAUAGGCGGGCUUGCUCAAACAGGUUUAGGGGGAAUAUACUCAAUACCUCUGUAAACAUAUUUCACUUAUCUGGUAAUGAUGUUUGGACCAUAAAAGCCUGGGGUGAUAUCAGUCAUUUGAACCCACCAGGACAUGCCAUGUCUGGUUUAGGGGGUAACAAAACAUCUGGUUAGUUUUUGCUUGAAUAUUUGAUGAGCUUAGCAUUAUUCAAGCGAAUAAAUUAGCAGUGUCGCUUAACUGAUUAGAGAUUAUAUACUUGGCCUAAUUCAGGCACCCUCUCACUGUAUUGGCUCAAUGGUUGAAGUACCUAGAGCAUGUUCAAAGUAAUCGUAAAUGUAUGCAUACCAAACCCAGAAUUUAACUCAGUUGAUUCACGCAACCACUAAUAAAAUGUGACAUUUAGUGGAUCAGGAAUUAAAUCAAAUUCCUGCAAUCCCUUCUUCUAUCAUAUGUGGCUUUUUUUAACCCAAAAGAGUGUGUGUAUACCAAAAAUUGCAAAAGUAAAAGGUUGAUAAGGCUGUGUCGGCCUAAUGCAAACAUAUAAAGUUUGAAAAUUUUGAGACACAGACUCCUCAUCGGCAACAUAUGCCAUCCCUUGAAAGAAAACAAGUAAUCUUACCUUACAAAAGUUGGUGAAAACCGAUGCAUAAAAGGCCAAAAGAGUGCAAACUGUGCAAACACAAUGCAAGGAAACUCAUCUGCUGAACUAUUCUUUCUAGAAGUUGCUAGCAGUUUUACGCUUGGCAAAAUUUUUUUUU